AUGUCUGUAAAUUUGUCAGACUAUUUCAAAAGUUAUUUUGGAGAGAACCUUCGAGACCAGCUAUUGUGAGUAAAAAUGUGACAUUUAACCUAGACAUUUUAGGAACUUUUUAUCCUAUGUUAGAAGCUGCUAUCUGUUCCAUUAAUGUAUUACUUUCCUCUCACUACACAAACCGUGAGCCUUCUGCUAAUGAUAAUGUUAUGUCAAGAAGAAAUAAGAUAGUCAAUCUCCACCGACCAUUUUGACAGGAAGGCCACGUCCGCAGCAGAUGAGAUGCUGGCUCCUUCCUCCCGUCUCCUGCAGAAGAGACGGGAGGCCAUGGAGGUCAACAAAGCUAUGACAUUGCAAAGAGAGGUGAAAUCCAUUUCAAGAAAUGUGUCUCGUACCUCAAACAACUCCUGGCAAUAAAAUUAUAAGCCAAAAUCGUACAACACAAUCCUCCCGUAUGAUAUGGUCUCACUUCACAUUCUGUUUGGGUUCCAGGAUUUUGAGUCAACUCUCAGAGCCCUGAGAAUCCGCAAGGAUGAGCUCAUAGAGAAGGAGGGCCAGAUGAAGGAAUAUCUGCAGAAAUUUGACAACUUUCUGAAGGUAGUGUCAUAGCUUCUGAACAUCACUUCGUAGACUAAACAAUGGACCCCCUCCUGUAGUCUACCCAUCAGUCAGACUUCAAGAUGAAUUGGUCAUCCUCUUCCAUGAUCUCAUUCAGGAGAACGAGGUGAAACGAUGUCGAGCUGUUAGGAAGGCCAGCCGAGAGCGGGAACUGACCAAUCAGAAGCAGGUGGACCUGGUCACUCUCCAGGAGGAGACGAAAGCUCUUGUCAAAGAGAGGGACCGUCUGGAGAAACGAGUGCAGAAGAACGCCAUAUACCCCCAUUACUUGGAUAAAGUGGUACAGGCCAGUGAACAGGUAGGUCAUACUGAGGAUUAGAAGAACUCUGAGGUAGUGUGUGAUUUGACUGGCCUUCACAGACAAACCAAUACCUAGCCACUUGUAUCUGACCAGACUGGAGCAAUAUGGUGGUGGCUCCAUCUUGCCCUGUGAUAAGACAGGUGGAAUAUUGUAGCCAUAUCGCUGACACCUGUCCAAUCCUCCUAGGUCUACACAAGUGCCUAGGCCGUAGGGGCUAGGGGUUGAUUUGGAAUUCCUUUUGUGUGUCUCAGUUUCAGGAGGCCCGACAGGUGAUGUCUCGCUACGAAACGUUGAUGCUGACCCGGGAGGACUUGGUGCGGACCACCCAGCAGAACCAGGACAGCACGGAGAACACCCGGGCCCAGCUAGCCCGCUUCAUAGAGCAGAGCAAUGACACCCUGCUGCACUACAGCAACACUCUGGCCCAGCUACAGAGCCAGCUGGACAAGGCCCGCGCUGAGGGCAUGAUCUGGGUGAGACAUGAGAUGAUCACUCUCCCUAUGUGUAUUUUACAGUGAUUGAUCUCUGAGGGACAGUUUCCCAGACACAGAUUAAUAAAGCUAGUCCUGAACCUCCCCUUUUGUCUGUGUUCGGGACACCAGCCUUGAGUGUCCUCAAAGGGAACUAAGAGAGUCUGAUCAAAGGAUGAUCAUUUAUCUCUUGAUAUACAGGAGUCAAGAUGGGCCCACAUUCAGAACACAGCUGCCAAGAAGACACUGCUGUUGGGCACAAUCAAGAUGGCCACUCUCAAUCUGUACCAGUGUGUGUGCAAGAGGGCGAAAGACACUGGGGAAUCACCUGUUGCCCCAGAGGACACAAUUAAGCAGCUGGAGAAGGUACUUUAGCCUACUGUUAACUCACGACUCAUUACUCAUGAACUCACAGCACAUCAUAGGGCAUAGAUGGGGGAGGGAUAGAAAUGAUUAGUGACCUGAUAUGGCGAUUGUGCUCUGAUAUAUAAUUUACCUGUCUCUGAUCACAGGGAUUUCCUUCAUCUGCCAGAAUAUAUAGCGGAUAUCAUAUCAUAUUGACUAUACAUUUGCAUAAAUUGUGAAUCCUCUAUAUUACUCAUUCAUCAACUCCGUCUGGUAGCCAGAGGGCAUUUCCACUAGACCAGUAUGUUCAAAUAAGAACUAAUAUGGCUGUUAUUUGACUGUUCUUGUUUGACAGAUCCAGACCUUCCUAGCCGAUCUGAUCAGCAUUUGGGAGGAAGUGAACAAGCCGGAUCAGCCAGGGCCAACCGGACACAGAUAA